AUGCACGAGCCGACGUUGCAAGAGCUACAGAUUGAACAAAUAAACCAGCGCUGUAAAAUAGCUGCGCUAUACUCGGACCUGCUGCGAAUGACCCCACCCAAUAAGAAGAUUGUGAAUGCCGCGCACGACUGGAGCCUGCGCAACAUCGAGACCAUCGUGGACGACAUCGUUGCAAACAUUCCCAACCAACGGCCGGCCAAGAACCCAUAUUCACAGUACUUCCUCACAUCCGGACUGGAUCCUGGUGAGCUUAGCAUGGUCGUCCGCGACCUCAUUGAAGCCAUGGAACAGCACUCUGCUAUCUCCACACGCAUCGAACAGCACGGUAAAGGCCUCUUUUAA